AUGCGCUCAUUGGGAGCUCUGGGUGUUGUGCUGCACGCAUCUCUGCUGGUGCUGCUGGCCCAGGGGAUUCACAGAUCCAGAGAUGGAGUUUAUGUGAGGCCGCUGCAUCGUCUUUCCGUGCUGGACCGAUCAACCGGGUAUCACCUGCCAACGUACAUGGUGCACCUCUACAGGAAUUUCAGGUCAAACUUUUCCAGGCCAACGGACGCUAUGGAGCAAGAUGCCGCAAAGCAAGCAGACACCGUGAGGAGUGUGGUGGCUAAAAGUUUGACGUACAAACACAGGCGCUGGGUUGCGACCUUUGACCUCCACACCCUGCUGGCUGACAAACAGAUCCAGGCAGCAGAGUUGAGAAUCAGGCUUCCUCGGACACCGAGUGCAUACAACAUCUCUGUGGAGGUCUAUCACCAGCAUGGCCAGGCAUGCCAUACGCAAAAGGGCUGCCAAGAACAGCAGCUGGUGGGGCUGCUCACUGAGUCAUCACUGGUCACUUCAUCGCAGAGCUGGAAAGUGUUCAACAUGACAAGUCCUCUCUUGGACUGGCUCAGACAAAAAUCGAGCGCAAGAAUUCGACACAAAAGAGUGUCAAGAAGAAGGAAAGCGGUAAAGACGAAGAGAGGCCUGUCGCUUCCUGAUCAGCCUGUUUAUGUGGCGAGCCCGAGGAGAGAGCAGGAUGUGAGUGACCGAGCCUUGCUGGUCAUCUUUUCACACACGGGCUCAGAUGAAAACUCAAAGGCCAAAGCAAGCUUGCUUCAUACAGCUGAACAAUCCAAGUUCUUGUCCCCCGCUGAAAUCAAAAAGGCCCACUGGCCAAAGAGGCGCAGGAGCAAACGGGGCCAGAGAGAACAAACAGCGAGAAGCCUGCAGGUGUCCAAAAAAGGGAGUGAGAAAUCUCUGUGUCGCAGAGUUGACAUGCAUGUAGACUUUAAUCAAAUAGGCUGGGGUUCCUGGAUCAUCUUUCCUAAGAGGUAUAAUGCCUACCGCUGUGAGGGUUCCUGCCCUGGUCCUCUGGGAGAAGACCUAAAUCCAACAAAUCAUGCUUAUAUGCAGAGUUUAUUGAAACAUUACCACCCUGACAGAGUGGCAUCACCCUGCUGUGCCCCGACCAAAAUGAGCCCAUUGAGCAUGCUGUACUACGAGAACGGAGAAAUGCUCCUUCGACAUCACGAGGACAUGAUUGUGGAUGAGUGUGGCUGCCAGUGACAGCUGCAACCAACUCCAAGCAUGACCUGUGUUGCUGAGCGGCAUAACAGCACAAAAAUGCUGUGCCUAAGCGACCAAUUUCUGAAAAACAAAAGAAAACACUUAGCCAGAAGGAAAAAGCUCUUUGAUAUUUGUCACUGCACACUGUAAGAUCGAAGCUGAUCUCAGCAGAGACACGACUUUAAUUUGUGAUGUGAGCUCUGGUUUGUAAGGAGAACAUUAUUAUUUUAAGAUGUGCUGAAACACAAACACAACAAUACGGUAGCAUCGAGCCCUCCAGCUGUGUGCAGCUGUCACAAUCUAAUGUAAAAGUUAAUUCUCCUUAACUUAUCAAUUUCAUCAAUGUAAACAUGAAAUCGGCAAUGUUAUUGAA